CAAAAAGGGACGAGUAACGAAUUAUAUAACAUCUCAUUCUCAUCAAGUAACAGACAUCCCACACUGACCUACUUGAGCCAUCUCUCACAUCAUGAUGGACACUGUACAAUUGCCUUCGUCUUCCGCACGAGCUCAAUUUAAACCACAAUGUCCCAAAAAUGGCACCGACAUUGAGCCUACAUGCAUGAGUUGCGUGGUAGCUAGGCCGCUGAAGUGGCGUUGAGAAGAGUAAUAGUAGUGGUGACCAAGACAAUGUGCCCAUCGUACCCCAGUUGUAUACCCGUCGUAGUUGUGCCGGCCUUAGAGCUGUGCGCAGGAGCAGGCCAGUCCAGCUGACUCACGGUCUGUCCACCUGCGCCGUCGUCUGCCAUGGCAGCAAGCUGAGACAUGACAUUGUCCACGACGUGUGACGAAGCAAAAGCGGAUGAAGAAGACCAGGAACCAAACGCAUAUUCCUCCAACGAGACGGAAGUUGAACCAGCAGAGCCGGAGGCAACUUCCGAGCCUAGUGAUGCUAUCGCUGGGAACUGCGGUAUGGUGCUUGUACCAGGGCCGACAAUGUAUGUACUCGGGCUUAACCACCCGUCGCCAAGCACAUGCGUCACUGUGAUGGUCGGCAUCUUAACGCGGACAACACUUGAAGUGGACAGUGUGGCAGUGGACGUGACUGUGAUGGUUGAGCCAAUUGAAAUGGCUGCCAGAGGAGGAUUUCCCGCUGCCUCCGAAUCCAGGAUAUCGUGGGGUGGAAACAAGCCGCCCAGAAGCGGUAGACCAUGAAGCCAAUGUGUGAAUGCGCCAACGACGGCUUUGAAGUCUGUCACGAUUUGCUUGAGGAAAUUGUCUUUCGGAUUUGCCUUUCGCGGAGGCAAAGCUGUAAUAGCUUGUGUC